AUGCCGCACAAGAAUGCGUUCAUGUACUCCAUCGACCCGGAGCUGUACGCUCGCUCGCGCGCGCCGGCCAGUACGAUCGCCAUGGGUAUGAAGAGCUCCCAAGCCUCCUCGCUCUGCUGGGCCAACCAGGUGCAGCAGGAGGAGCGGAUUCGCGAAAUGUGGGAGGCGAGGUACGACCCGCAGCACAACCUGGAAAAUCAGGCGUUGCAAGCGGUGCAGCAGACGCGCGCGCGUGAUGCGGCGCGGCACGAGGCGUACGUGAACCCCGAACACAACCCAGAACUCUACAGCACCCUGUACAAGAAGGCGCCUCCGUCCUCUGUAAGCGACGCAGCCGCGGCAACGGCGGCAUCCGUGUCUCCCCAGCACCACACCACCAGAGAAGCAGCGCCGGCAGGAACAGCGAUGGGCACAGGUGACCCAAUCGACAGUGCCUUCGCUCGUUCUGCGCGCUCCGUCACGCAGGAAUACCUUCAGGCUCGCUGCAGACACCACACGUUGCAGCAGCGCUACCCGAGCGGACCGAUCACCGCCGCGCAGGCUGUGGGGUGGGCGGCCGGUGCCACCGACCGGGCGUCGGCGUCGUCACUAGAGGCAUCGUCUUCCCCGUACCGCCAGGCGCGCCGUCGCCAGAUCGGUGCCUAUCGAAAGCCAGAGGACGAUGAACACGCGUUGCUUUUCGGCUACGACUAUAUGCCGAAGUAG